AUGUCAACUCCUCACUAUCUCAAUCCCAUCGCCAUGCAUGAACGUUUUAUGCCAUAUGAGCUUGGACGUCAGUUCCAGCGCUUCCACGACGACCAUCCCGAUUUGCUUACCAUGCUCACAGAAGAGGACUGGCGUUGGAUUGUCGAAGUAUGCACAAAGACAAGACCUCAACCCGGCGAGGAACGAUACCCUGAUGAGUGGACUGGUAGCACUGAGCCAAUUAGCAGUGCAUUGCCUCGUUGGCGUAGGUUUAUGAGAGCUAAACAUCCUUAUAAGGGUUAUAUGAUCGAACGAUCCACGAUUGGUAGACGCGCAAGAUAUAAGGAUAAGAGCUAUCGGAUUCCCGGGAGGAACAUGGACGAUGAUUCUAAGCCUGAAGGACAGGAUGUGGAUCACGAGGAAACCACCGAGAUGAAUCAGAACGCCGGGAAUGACGACACAUAUGAAGUUGACUCUUAA